UGAUGACGUGGUCUGCAGCUUGCGCGCGCCACAGUUCUCUUCCGUUUCGCUGUCUUCCAACAGGCAUCAAUCGGCUCUCACCCCCUCCAUCGAAGCAGAGAUGGACAAGACGAAGCUCCUACAGACAGGCAGGCAGUUCUACCGAGUCUCCAAGAGCCUCCAUGAAUCGAAUUCCACAUCGAGAGAAGAAAACGUGCAGGGCAAGAAUCGGAGGAAGUCCCUGGUCGCUGAGGACCCCGAAGCGCAGAAGAGGAACCAGGCUUUAAUGCGAAAGCUCGUCAAGGAGCACCCGGAAUUGGAGGACCGCAUGCGAGUUCUGUACCCGGACCAACAGCAGCAUCUUAAACCUGGAGCGAGACCCCCUGCUGCUGCUGCUGGAGCCGAUUCCUGGGAAUCAACUAUGUCUGCCAACAGCGUGCUCGAUGCUGAGCGGGCUGACCCACGGAGGAAGACCUCGGUGGGAAACAUCACGAACGAGUGUCUAGGUGCCCUGCUCAUCGUAUCCCUCGUGGCGGGAGGCAUGGUUGCCGCAGCCCUCGGCCUCUAUAACAAGUUCGUGGAUAACGAAAAAGACGGAGAAGAAUCGUUGGAACGAGAAGAACCUUACAGUUCUGCUGGUGGUGAUUACGACAAGGGCGGUGGCGGCAGUGGUGGAGGCGGCGGCGGCGGAGGAGGAGACAAGGUCCGCACUUUCAUCAACUACCAGAUCAACCCGGACAGCCCUGUGUACGCCGCAAGCCGAGGACACACAGUUGUUUGUGUGUAUCAGACUGUGGGCCAAGACCUUGUCGCUCUGGGUAGCCGAUACGGAGUGCCCCUGUUCCCCUACCCCUACUGCCAUCUGACCCUCUAUUGCUGUGUCACCUUUGGUGCUAACCAGACAAUAGAAGCUCGACCCAACGUCAGCGCCACCUACUACGCCUUUAGCAACCUUAUGAGGAGAAACCCGGUAGUUCGAACUGCGUUCGUUAUAGGGGGUCUUCCGGACGAUGAAGAGCACUUCCAAAAUAUCGUGGACGACCCACAGUUCUUGAAGAGCUUCGUUGAGCACGUAAAAAGAUUCUGCAAGGUGUUCUCAUUCGACGGUGUCUACCUCUGGUGGACGAACGCCCCCGAAACUAGCAAAGACAACAUCACGAAGAUGGUAACGGAACUCGGUCAAGCACUGGCACCUUCCUCUGGCACAGUUGGGCUCGUCUUGCCCCACGACCCUAAGACGAACGCUCCUGGGUUCGACCUGUCCGUGCUCAACCCUAUCCUGGGCAAUAAUACCAUCAUGGUCCUUCCGCCAGAGUAUAAGGAUACAGACUACCGCGUCUCAAAAACGUAUUACCACGCUACCACGCUGCAGACGCUGAGCUUCCUUAAGGACUUCAAUCGCGGUCAAGCCUGCGUCCUUCUCCCCUCCGGAGCCCUCACGUUCAGCAAGACUUCUCCGCCAGGUCCAGGAACCGAAGGCCCGUUCACCAGGACUCCCGGACAGCUAUCCCUCUACGAGACGUGUCAACGGGUCCCCGGCUGUACAGUGACUAAACGGGACUAUGCGAACGAGGCGACAUGCAACGACGUCCUGGUCAACUAUCCCUCGAACGACACCUUGCAGCGUUUCAUCUGCGAACUUGAAACGGCUCUGUUGAUCGGCUGUGUCGGCUUCUGGCGGUCCGACCUGGACGAUUUUACCGGGAGCUGUCAACUGGAUGACUUCCCUUUGUCGAAGGCCGUGAUAGAAAUUCAGUCAUGCGCGAAUCUGGGUUAAUUAAUGCGCCGAUUUUGGCAAGCAGAUUUUCUUUUGCUUCCGACAUAGUAAUUGUCCUGUGAGUCGCUGAUUUGUUCUCACGGGAACGGCGACCAAUGCAUAUAUAUCUGACUCUUGAAAGUUCUCA